AUGGAUCCGAUGAGACCUAGUACGAGUAAGGCGUCUGACGCCGCGUCGUCAUCGCCGCCGUCGACAUCCAACGCGAAGGUGCCGAAGGAGAUUCUGCAGCCGUUCGGCAUUCUCAUGGUUAAUCGCCUUCAGCGGCAUUUCUCGUCGGAGUUGACCGCGUUUGCCAGCUACUGGAAGCCGGAGCCAUCGAGCAACAACCAUCAUCACCACAGCAAACAGCAGGACGAGGCGAUCGCGUGCGCUCAGGUCGAGCUCCUUCGCAAGGAGAGCGUGUCGAGGAAGGAGAGCGGCAGUCAGGUCGACACCGUCGUCACCACCGCCGACGGCCAACGAUACGACACUCGCGAGCUCGACAGCGAUCCGACGAUGGACUCGAUAUCGGAUUGGGCGUUUCCCAUAUUUCAUGUCGCCAAGCGAUACCCGAAAACCAUUCUUAGUAGGCUGACGUACUCGGUGUUCCGGCACGCUGAUCUAUUUCGAAUCUUCAAGGUCUCACCUAUCAAAUUUUUCAAUUAUUUCCACGCGUUGGAAAAAGGCUACUGGGAAAUUCCAUAUCAUAAUCGAAUUCAUGCCGCCGACGUUCUACACGGCUGCUUCUACAUGUGCGUGCAUCCGAUACGGCCGCAAAUUGGUCCUGCCACGAGUCCCGACACGCUUCUUCCGCCGCCGAUUCAGCCGGCGAUUCCGGUGAUGAGCACAAUGAGCACGUUGGAGCUGAUGGCGCUGUUCACCGCCGCCGCCAUGCACGACUACGAUCAUCCGGGACGGACGAACGCGUUCCUCGUGGCCGCCGAAGAUCCGAAGGCGAUCCUUUACAACGAUCGAAGUGUUCUCGAGAAUCACCACGCCGCCGAAUCCUGGCGCCUUCUGUGCCAAUCGGAGAACUUCUUCAUCGAGAAUCUCGACGCGGCGGAGACGAAAAGAUUCCGCUAUCUUGUUCUCGAGUAUAUUCUGGCGACCGAUCUGAAGCAGCACUUCGAGAUCAUCAUGACGUUCAAUGACAAAUCGAACGACAUGGAUCUGAAGAAUGAGUCGGAUCGUCUGCUGCUCUCGAAGCUGAUCAUCAAAAUGGCCGACAUCAACAGCCCGACGAAGCCGUAUAAUUUGCAUCGGCAGUGGACCGACAGAAUCUGCGAGGAGUUCUAUGAGCAGGGCGACGAGGAGAUGAAGCGCGGCAUGAGCAUCACACCAUACAUGGAUCGCGCCGACGCGCAAGUCGCCAAACUUCAAGACUCGUUCAUCGCGCACGUCGUCAGCCCGCUGGCGGUGGCGAUGAGCGAGGCGGGCCUUCUGCCAAUUCUGCCGGGUCUCGUCGAGCCCGAGAUGAUGAUCAAUCUCAAGCACAAUCAUCAGAAGUGGCUCGAUCAGAUCGAGGUGUUGAAUCCGCCGACGAACUGCAAUGGCGGCAGUAUGAGCAACGGCACGAUCGAAGAGGAGAGCACAGCGAGCGAUAGUCCCGAUCCAAGGAAGGAUUCGCCAUCGCUCGACUCGGAAAUCGACGUGAGUCAAUUCCUCCCCGCCGAAUCGGCUAAUCUAGUGCAUGUCUAA